AUAUGUGAUUAAAAAAAUUAAUGACACGGCAUGAAGUGGAACCCUCUGUCCGAACUUGCAUUUCUGGCGUAAUUGAUGACACAACCGUACAUCUUUCACCUUCCUGCAUACGUGAAGAACUUGAAAGAAAAAUCCAGAGCAGAUAAAUUUUCAGACAGAGGAUUAGCUGUAUCCACGUCAUGGGAUCGACCAAGCAUAAAAAUGGCUGUAAGGGCUGUCCCUGUUUCAGAAAUGCAUCUUCUUGAUAAUGUACCAGAAAAUGACAGAGCUAAGUUCUGCCUCCCCACUUCUGCCCAAGGCGGUGGAGAAAAUGGAAAUGGCGAGGGGAGAAGAGGCGUGAAGAUGUGGAAGGAGAAGGAGAAGAGGUUUGUGGUGAUGGGUCACAGAGGAAAUGGGAUGAAUAUGCUGGAGUUAUCUGAUCGGAGAAUGAAGGCUAUCAGGGAGAAUACAAUCCGUUCUUUCCUCAACGCCGGAAAACUUGGUCUCGAUUUCGUUGAAUUCGACGUCCAGGGCUUAAUCAUUGAGAAGAGAGUUACAGAUCUCACUUUGGAUGAGUUUCUUUCCUAUGGGCCCCAAAGGAGUGCAGAAAAUGUUGGAAAGCCGAUAUACCGAAAAACGAAAGGAGGGACAAUUUUUGAAUGGGCUGUUGAAGAUGAUGAUCAUCUAUGCAUAUUGAAAGAUGUAUUUCAGAGCGUUAAUGACUCAUUAGGCUUUAACAUUGAAUUGAAGUUCGACAACAACAGAGUUUACACAGAAGCAGAGCUUGUAAGAGUUAUUCAAGUGAUCAUGAAGGUGGUAUUGGAUGAUGCUAAGGAGAGAGUGAUAAUGUUUUCAACUUUUCAUCCAGAUGCAGCCCUAUUAAUCCGCAAACUGCAAAAUCUCUACCCUGUUUUCUUCCUAAGCAAUGGAGGAAAUGAAAUACAUUCAGACACCAGAAGAAACUCAUUAGAAGAGGCGGUAAAGCUGUGUUUGGCAGGGGGGCUCCAAGGAAUUGUUUCUGAGGUGAAAGCAAUACUGAGAAAUCCUAGUGCAAUUAACAAAAUCAAAGACUCCCAUCUUUCCCUCAUAACAUAUGGUCAGCUCAAUAAUGUGGGUGAGGUUGUGUACAUGCAACGCAAUAUGGGCGUAGAGGGCGUCAUCGUUGACGUUGUUGAAGAGAUUAUGGAAACGGUGUCGGAACUCAACGACACCGAGAGCGGUGAAAGGGGUCAAGCUUUGUGUAUAGAUGAGAAGACGGUGCUAACGGAGAAAAUGGAUCGUCAUUGCUCUAAGGAAGAAAUCUUGUGUUUAUUCAGCCUUCUCCCCCUACUGCUGCAUCGGUAGUGUUGAAGGAGUAUAUCUUGUGUUUAUAUAGAUACUCGUAUUUAUUUUCUUAAAAAGUUUCAUACGACUUAGUAUAUAUAUCAUGUGUUCGGAUUUUGUUGUUGGAGAAAAUUGCAUAUUUUUUCUCGUAAUAAAUGGAGGUACAUGUUUAUUUGUAACUAGUUUUGUAAUUUUACUCACUUGUAGUCAUUACAAAAAAAACACAGGCAUUUGUGACAGGGGUUUCCCAAAAUUGACAGAGAUAUGUCAAAUCCCC